GAGCCAAAACAACCGGAGGAGCCAAAACAACCGGAGGAGCCAAAACAACCGGAGGAGUCAAAACAACCGGAGGAGCCAAAACAACCGGAGGAGCCAAAACAACCAGAGCCGCCGAAACAGCAAGAGCCGCAACAACUACUUGCACACAUAGUAAAGAAGAGGAUGAGUAUUAUAGACUGCAUCAUAGAUAUCCUACUACCAUGGAAAAUGAAUACUUUAAACAACAUCAUGAAUACCCCUGUUCUGAGUAUAGUGAAUAUUAUAAGAUACAUAAUAAAUACCCCUCUACCAAGGAAGAAGAAGAAGAGAGCUAUAAUAGGUACCAUCAUAUUUCCAUAGAUGACUAUUAUAAGAUUCACCGUAAAUACCCCACUCAUGAGCAAGAAGGCUUUUAUAAACUGCACAAAAAAUACCCCUCUUACGCAGAAGAUGAAUAUCAUUACUGGCAUAAUAAAUACCCCUCUAUCGAGUCACAAGAUUAUUAUCAUAAACAUGAAAGAUACCCUUGUAUUGAGGAAGAUGAGUAUUAUAAGAGUUAUCAUAAAUACCCCUCUACCGAGCAUGAGGAAGAAGAGUCCUAUAACAAGUAUCAUCAUCUUAGCGUGAAUGAGUAUUAUAAGAAGUAUAGUAAAUAUCCCUCUCACGAAGAAGAAGGUUAUUAUAAACUGCAUAAAAAAUACCCUUCUAUCGAGUCACAAGAAUAUUAUCAUAAACAUGAAAGAUACCCCUGUUCUGAGGAAGAAGAGUAUUAUAAGGAUCAUUAUAAAUACCCCUCUACCGAGAAAGAGGAAGAAGAGUGCUAUAACAAGUAUCAUAAUGUUACUGUGAAUGAGUAUUAUAAGAAGUAUCAUAGAUACCCCUCUCACGAAGAAGAAGGUUAUUAUAAACUGCAUAAAAAAUACCCCUCUACCGAGUCACAAGGAUUUUAUAAUAGCCAUAAAAGAUACCCCUGUUCUGAGGAAGAAGAGUAUUAUAAAUAUCAUAAAAAAUACCCCUCUACCACGGAAGAGGAAGAAGAGUGCUAUAAAAAAUACCAUAAUGUUACCGUGAAAGAGUAUUAUAAGAAGCAUCAUAAAUACCCCUCCCACGAAGAAGAAGAGUAUUAUAAGAAGAAUCAUUGUUACCCGCCUUCAACGACUACCUCUACACCCUCUGCACCCACUGGAACUAUU